GGGAGCUACUAUAAUAAUCCCAUUCGGCUUAAACCGCCUCUGUCCUUGCUCUCUUCCCAGACAAAGCAUGAGAAAGAUUUCACCAUCAAGCUGAGGCCGGACUCAAAUUGACCAUUCUACCACCUCUUAUCACCCUCUCCAUCUAUACAAAGCCCAGCCCCCCUUUCUGGUUUAGUCCAUUUCAAUUCUUUUGUUCCGAAAUCAUCGCCGAGCACUCCAUCUUCGGCACUCGUGUAUAUCCCUUGCUUCUGUGUGUCAAAUAUACGUGUAAAUCUCGCUAGGUUUCGAAAAUUCAGAAUACGUUUGAAGGAAAGAAGGAAGAAUUCGUUGCGGUGAGUUUCAGGUUGCAGGAGCACUGUAUGUAAUUAUGGAGUUCCGGCCGUUUUGAGUUGAGGAGUAUCCAAGGAGCGAUCGAAAUGCGGGUGAGGGAGAUGCAUCCGCUCUGUUGCCUGCUGCUCGAGAGCGGCGCGAUCGGUGACCAAUCGCCUCAGCCGACUUCGAAGAAGAAGGCGGCGCCGCGGUUAUUGAGGACCGGAUCGGCGGUGGUCGGAUCUGACGCUUGGUCCGUAGGAUCCGAAGCCACCAGCGUCGCCGGCGUCCUCUACAAGUGGACUAAUUUCCACAAAGGCUGGAGAUCCCGGUGGUUCAUACUCCGCAACGGCAUCCUCACCUACUCCAAAACUCGCCGCCCCGCCUACUCCGCCUCCUCCGACGACGGAAUCAAGCUCAUCGGCCAGCUCCCGUCCAACAACCCUGGUGCUCAACGUAAACCCCGCAAAUCCGUCCGCAUUGUCCACCUUAAGGUCUCAUCAUUUCGGGAGAGCAGGUCAGAUAACAAGAAGUUUUACAUAUUUACAGCUACAAAGACACUGCACCUAAGGACAAAUUCAAAGAAAGAGCGAGGAGCAUGGAUAGAAGCUCUGAUUUCCACAAGAAAUCUCUUAAUGCUUGGCCCAGCGAAUGAUGAUGCCCCUCUUUUACCCCGGGAUAUAUCCAUAUCAACUGAGAAACUGAAGAGUCGCCUGGUUGAUGAGGGUAUGAGUGAGGGACUUGUGAAGGAAUGUGAGAAGAUUAUGCUCUCUGAAUUUUCUCAAGUUCAAGCCCAACUCAAAGUUCUUAGCGAGGAGAGGGUAAGUUUACUGGACACACUAAGACAUUUGGAGACAGCUAAUAUUGAAGCCGAAUCCUCUGGAGUUCUGUGUCGAGAUUACCGAUUGCGUGGAAAGUUCAGUGAAUGGAGCACAACCCCAUCAUCCGAUGAUGCUGAAAAGCAGGAGCUGGAAGAGGUGUCAGAUGAAGAGGAACUCGAUUUUUUUGACACAGAUGACCAUUUUGCAGACGCUUUCAUCACUUGUGAUUCAAUAGGUGCAAAUGAAUGUCAUAAUAAAUACCUUGAAUUCAAAAACCAGAGUAGUAGCAUGAUAAGUAUAAGUUCCGGAAACAACAAUUCAGUGCGUGCACAAGUAGCGAGGAGGCAAAAACUACCGGAUCCAAUAGAAAAAGAGAAGGCUGUUAGUUUAUGGUCUGUGAUUAAAGACAAUGUUGGAAAAGAUCUUACUCGAAUUUGCCUUCCGGUGUAUUUCAAUGAACCGUUAUCAUCACUUCAGAAAGGUUGUGAAGAGUUCGAGUACUCCUAUCUUCUAGAUCAGGCGUAUGAGCAUGGCAAAGCGGGGAACAGUCUUCUAAGGAUUUUGAAUGUUGCUGCUUUUGCUGUGUCUGGAUAUGCUUCGACAGAAGGUCGACACUGCAAACCCUUCAACCCUUUGUUAGGAGAAACUUAUGAAGCUGAUUAUCCCGAGAAGGGAAUCAGGUUCUUUUCCGAGAAGGUUAGCCACCACCCAACACUUAUUGCCUGUCAUUGUGAAGGUAAAGGCUGGAAAUUUUGGGGUGACAGUAAUCUUAAGUCUAAGUUUUGGGGGAGAUCAAUUCAACUUGACCCAGUUGGAACCCUAACUUUAGAAUUUGACGAUGGGGAGAUAUUUCAAUGGAAUAAGGUCACAACAAGCAUCUAUAAUAUUAUCCUUGGCAAGAUAUACUGUGACCACCAUGGAACGAUGCAUAUACGUGGUAAUCGUCAACACUCUUGCACCCUCAAGUUCAAAGAGCAAUCACUUCUUGAACGCAAUCCGCAUCAGGUUCAUGGAUUUGUUGACCACAACACCGGAGGGAAAGUAGCUACAUUAUUUGGAAAGUGGGAUGAGAGCAUGUAUUAUUUAAAUGGAGAAUAUAAUAGCAGACCAAAAGAUAUCUCGAAUGCAUCAUUAUUGUGGAAGAGCAAUCAGCCUCCCGAGAAUCUCACCCGAUACAACAUGACUGCUUUUGCAAUAACUCUGAAUGAGUUGACACCAGGGUUGCAGGAGAAACUCCCACCAACUGAUUCAAGACUUAGACCGGAUCAAAGAUAUCUGGAGAACGGAGAAUAUGACAAAUCAAAUGAUGAGAAACUACGACUAGAGACACGACAGAGAAUGUCCAAGAAGUUACAAGAAACUGGUUGGAAGCCAAGAUGGUUCAAAAGAGAUGGAGAUGAUGGCACUUUCCGUUAUGUUGGUGGCUAUUGGGAAGCACGGGAGAAAAGAAGAUGGGAAGAAUGCCCAAAUAUAUUUGGUCAGAUUGAUGAAAGUCUCUUGGGUCUUGUAAAGCACACCUCAACAAGGGUUUCUGAUGGCGAGUAAUGUGAAAACAGAGUUGUGUUUCUGUUCCAUGUUUUGUAGGCCUAGUUUUGUAAUCUCUUACCCCCUUGCCACUAUAAUUCUGUUAGUUUUUUUAUUUUUUAUUUUUUGGCUUCAGCAGACCAUUAAUUUAGGUAAUUGUUUGUAUUAGCUUUGCUAUCCAAAAAAAGAAUUGCAACUGAUGUAUCUAAAGCAAACAAGCCAAUUAAACAGGGCUGCUAGUCUUGUAAAGUUCUAAAGAUUAUUAUAGCAAAAUCUUGAAAAGUACUCGAGAGUAGAUAUAAUUUUACCAGGAAUUAACAUGAUCUAGUGUUAACACGAUGCCUUCUCUAUAUAUACUAC